AUGCUUAAAGCGUCAUCAUAUACCGCUACGCAAUUGCGUUCAGCAGGCGACAAACUUCUGAAUAUCAUAAAUGGUACUGGAUUUAAUACUACAAAACUUUCAAAGCCUGCUCAAUUAAACCUCGAGCUGCUUUCUUCAUUGGCAAACUCACUAUCUUUGACGGAAGUCCAAGUUGGCAGCUAUGAAACUGCCCUAUUGAAUCUAAUGAUGGAAGAAGAGUCAAUACAAGAAUCGAUUUCACGGUUGUCCCAUUUACGGAGUGACUUGGAAAAGAAUUUAAAGAAUCUAGACGCUGAUUUGGACUAUCUUACAAGGCAUGCGAGAGCGCAUGCACAUUCGAACUUCGAGACUAAACAAUCGUCUUCCAACGGUUUAACUAGGUGGACGAGCUCUCAUCAAUCUAAACGUGAUACUGAGCAGCAGACAGCCUCAACAUGGGAACACAAUGUAUUACUUUUGCAUCAGAAAUCUGAAGAGUAUACAGAACGACUGGAAGAACUACAGAGAGACUGGACGGAAGAAGAGGAAUCUGUCCGUGUUCCAGUUGUUCAAGACCUAGAACGAGAGCUAGAUGCAAUUCAGAGAGCUUAUGAGAGUGAUCUCAGACUGCUGAAGAGUUAUCAAGAUCUUCCACCUGACAUCACUUUGGCCAAGAUCAAACUUGGAGAGAGGGAGAAGCAAUUAGAAAGUCUCAUUGGAGACAAGACUACAUUAUUGAACCGAGCAUUUGCGUAA